AUCGCACCGUGGCUCUGGUCGCGGUGACAGCGCGGUUGCCGCCGGGAAGUUCGUGCCGCGUUGCGAGCCCACACAAGGGUCGUCGUGGCAGUGUUCGAGUUGACGGGCAAACCAAGAAAGUCACGCACACAACCUGUUCGACGAGAGGCUUGAGCGGCGAGGCGUUUUCCGUUUUCGUGAUUUGCUUCAAUUCUUUUUCUUCACUUCCAGCGAAUUUUCCUUUGACAAAAUACUCUUGUAAAUGUUUUCAUUCAGUUCAUUGAAAUUUUUGUUUUUAAAGAAAAAGAAAAAGCUUGCUGUUGUCUUUUUCGAAGCGUCGAUGUUGUGUCCCAUGUGUCGGCAUUCUCACCAUCGUCCCCACUAACCGCUCCCUCCGCUCUGGAAUAUGAACAGCAACCGCCCCACCGACGUGACGACGGACGCCAUGGACGCGGAGAGGGACAUCAAGCCCUUCUUGUCCCCGACAACCGCCACCCCUAUCCAGCGGGGCGUCCACGGGCCUGGCACCUUUCAGGCGGCGGCGCGGCAAUUGGAGAGCGGCGGCGCUCGAGUGCUAACCGGGGUGCAACCGCAAACUCUGGCGGAAGCGGCGUGCGCCCUCAACCGGGCAGCUUCGGAGCUGUCGGGUGGCACCGGCGAUCGGACCAGCUGCGCCAACGAGGCAUUCGAGGGCACAUCGGUUCGUCGUCCUUGCCCUGCACCACGGUUCAGCAGGAAGUUCUGGGGCGCCGGCGAUUACGAUGCGGGGGCCGGGAGCUCUGCGCCACAGCCGAGUGUGCAGAAUCGCAUGUGUGUUCACCCUGAAUUUCUCCACUCCAACGCGACUUCGCAUAAAUGGCCAUUUGGGGCCGUGGCAGAGUUAUUGGACAACGCGGUAGAUGAGGUUGAAACUGGUGGUGCUACAAAAGUAAUAGUGGACAAAGUCAUCAACAACCGGAACGGAUCACCAGCUUUGCUAGUUCAAGAUGAUGGUGGAGGCAUGGAUCCUGAUUCCUUGAGGCGUUGCAUGAGCUUUGGAUUUUCAGAGAAACAAUCAGGAUCUUCGAUUGGACAAUAUGGAAAUGGAUUUAAGACUAGCACAAUGCGGCUCGGGGAAGAUGUUAUUGUUUUCAGCCGUUGCACAAAGAGCGGUGGGCCUACUCAAUCCAUUGGUCUCCUCUCUUACACUUUCUUGGUGGAAACUGGCCAGACAGAUGUUAUAGUUCCUGUGGUGGAUUACAAAUGCAAUCUACUAAGAGGACAAACUACACGAUUGGAGCGACAUGGUUCAGAGCACUUCUCCUCAAAUUUGUCAGUGUUGUUGAAAUGGUCCCCUUUUGCAACAGAAGAAGAGUUAUUGCAGAAUUUCAGCAACAUUGGCCCACAUGGCACCAAGAUUAUAGUGUUCAAUUUGUGGUCCAACGAUGAUGGUAAUUUGGAGCUUGACUUUGACACAAAUCCAGAGGAUAUUAUGAUUAGCGGUGCGCCAAAACCAGAAGAGAUUAGUAACGCUGUGAAAAGGACUAAUGAGAAUCAUUUGGCUAAUCGACUGCGCUAUUCUCUUAGGGUGUACACUUCUGUCUUGUAUCUGGAGCUACCAGAUUAUUUCAGGAUCAUACUUCGAGGGCAAGAAGUUAAGCGUCAUUACAUUGCUACCGACAUUAUAUAUCCUGAAUGCAUCAGUUAUAAACCCCAAAUUUGCGGAAAACAAGAGGCUGAGGUUAUUACGACCAUUGGAUUCCUAAAUGGCGCUCCAACAAUUAGCGUGCAUGGAUUUAAUAUUUAUCAUAAGAAUCGCCUUAUUUUGCCGUUUCAUCGAGCUCUGAGUUCUGCAAGCAGUAAAGGUAGAGGCGUCGCUGGAGUACUUGAGGUAGACUUCAUCAAGCCGACUCACGACAAACAGGACUUUGAGAAGACACAGCUGUUUCAGAGGCUGAUGAACCGCUUGAGAGACAUGACUACCGAGUACUGGGAUAUUUAUUGUCACAAGAUUGGAUAUGGGAAAACGCCACGCGUGCGUGCGGCUCCAAUCCCUCCUCCUCCAGCAAUGCUCCCAAUGGAGAAUGGUGCUGCUGAACCAUUAGAGGGGACUGCACCUGCACCUGCAGUUUCAGUGCCACCCUUGAGAGCCCAGGGUACCUACGUGAAUGCAGUUCCAAUUGCUUUUGCACCCCCUAGUUUUGGCUCAGCCCCUGCCGGAACAGCUGGUGUUGCACCAAGAGCUCCUACUGGUUACUCCCCGUCAGACACAGAGAUCAUGCAAGUCAACCAGAGGACCUCAUCUUCCUCGGCUCCUGGUUCUGAUUUGGCAGGAAAUAGAAAACGGAGGGAUGACGAGAUCACGCACUUCAACCAGAGGAUCUCAUCUUCCCUGGCUCCUGGCACUGAUGUGGUAGGCAAAAGAAAACGGAGCGAUGACGAUGCUGCUCUGACGGUUUCAUCUAGAAAGCACGCCACGCAUGAUUUGGUCGGCAGCAGCUCCGCUGGUGACCAGGUAUGCCACUACACGAGAGAUCGAGAGCUGAGGGAAUUCUCCUUCUUGAAGAUGGAGAAUCGGAUGCUCUGUGAAGAGUGCUCACAUUUUGAGAUGCAAGAGAAGGAGCUACUGCUCAAGGAACAGGAGCUGCAGAUCCAGAUUGAGCAGGCGAAGGAGCAGUACACCAGCCUGCUGAACGAGUACGUCUCGGCGGCGGAGGCUCCGGCACCGAAACGAACCGAUCGAUAGGCGUCCUCGUUUUCUGAAGCCACCCACCCCGCCGCGCGAUUUGGUCGUGCUCGAGCUCUCCUGGACAUCUUCAGCGUGCCAGAGAACAACCCAGCGCGCAAGCAAGCAGCCAAACACCGUGCUCGAAGCGGGCGGUGCUUUUGGAAUUGGGCUGCCAGUGUUGGCAUAUAGUACUAGCUCGAACGGCGCGCACCCGUCAGGCCUGGUGUUUCUUCUCCGUGG